AUGCUUACUUCCACCAAUCCUGAUCGAGGAAAUUUUCCUCUCACAGAAAUUUUUUUUUCUUAUUUAAUUCGCAAAAAUCGGAGUUAAAAAAUUAAUUUAUCUAUAGAAUUUAAUAUUUUAUAAUACAAACUGUUUAAAAUUCAAGAGAAUUAGCUGAGACUCAUAUUCUUUGCAGAGGUGUUUUUUAAAAAAUAGGGAUUUUUUUUAAUGGUUGUGCUCGCCUACGGAUGGAGAGGAGGAGCUACAAAAUUCAGAUUAUUUCGAUUGUUCGGAGUAGUCAAUGAAAGCAUCUAUGAAAUAGACACCAUUGAAAACUGGGAUAAAAACGUAAUGAAGGCUGAAACUCCAGUUCUUUUGCAAUGCUACGCUGAAUGGUGUGACAGAUCACGGCAAAUAUCCUUAAUGCUCUCAAAUUACUUCAAUCUUGACAAAGGAAAGUGAGGGUAUGCCAAACUGAACGUAGAAUCCUUACCUCUUCUAGCUCAAUCUGUCCAAAUUAAAAAAAUCCCAGCUCUUUUCAUUCUCAAUCAAGGAGCUUUGAUAGAAAGAGUUGAAGGGAAUUUAGAUGAAAAAUCAAUGGAAGAUUUCGUUAAUGUUUUACGGCUUAUGUCUGGCAUAUGCACAAAAGAAGACAUAAUUAUUGCAAAAAUAAAUAAAGCUGCUGAUUUUCUUCAUCAAAACAAAAUAUUAGAAUCAAUUGAUGCAUACAAAGAUGUAAUCAGCAGUGAAUUUUUUUUAGAAAAAUACGAGCUAACUUGUUGGGUAGCCUUAGCCAGGGGAUACUUAGAUAUAGGAGAUUUGCCGAAUGCUGAAAUAUUUGCUAGCUUCCACUUUAAGAUAGGAGUGCGUUUUUUUUUUUAGUACACUUUACGGAGAAGGACUUAUUUUUUACUGUUUUGAUUUAAAAUCUUAAUUAUAAAUAUUUGAAAACAAAAGUAAUAUACAAACUGUCGAAAUUUAAUAGAAUUAGCUGGAAAUUCAUAACUAAUUAUGUGUAAAAUUAUUAUUUCUAUAAAACCUAUUAUUCACUCACAAAGGAAAUUAAUAUCCAAAAAUUUCGAAUGGCUUGCCUGCUCUUAAGGGAGGAUAAAAGGAUUUCUAGUAAGUAUGGGAUUGAUGCUUCAAGAAACAUUGAAGUAAGUAAACUAGUAAAUACAAUAAACCACGCUGUGGAAAAAAGCUUAUACAAAGUAAACAUGAAGGAAUAUAGAGCCGUAAUUACAGGAUUACAAGAAGAUAUUCUUUUUGAUUAUGAUAACACUGAAAAGCAUUGUAAAUUAGCAGCAGCUCAUUUUGAAUUUGGAUUUCAUGAAGAAGCGAUUAAAAAAGCAUUUGAGGUUAUUGAAAUGGAACAAAGUUUGACUGGAGACGGAUAUGAGUUAUUGCUAGAAAUCUUGACAGAAUUAGGUUCAGAAAAUAGUUUAGUUAAGGAAGCAAAUAAGAAACUUCAUAUGAUUCAUACAAAUUUAAGAAAUAAUUAA